AUGAAGGUAAUAGCUGACAGUGGAAAUGGUAAUAGCAAUACUGAACAGAAAAAUUCAUCACAACAACUUGAACAAAACACGAGUCAACAAGCAACAAGUAAUGUUGACAACAUUGGUGAAGAAUUGUUGAGGAAUAAUACGAAUGAGAAUGGAAAUCAGACAAGUGAUACUCAUCAGCCCAGUAGUUCUACCUCUACAAAUAUAGCAUCUGCACCCAAUUCUUCAGAGGGUUUAUUUAUUGAAAUGGGAGGAUUGGAUGAUGGUCUAACCAACGAGCCAUAUACUCCAAUUGAGGAAGAGGAAAAUGCAGCUAAUGACGGAGACAAUGAAGCUCAAACAAAACUAGGAGAUCGAUAUUACUCUGGGGAUGGUGUCGAAAAAUCGUUUGAAAAGGCAUUGGAAUGGUAUAGGAAAGCAGCAGCUCAAGGAAAUACUACUGCUCAAUUUCAUAUUGGAAAAAUGUAUGAGAAGGGAGAAGGAGUUCCCAUAUCACCAGAAAAAGCAUUCGUUUGGUAUAAAACAGCAGCACAAUUAGGGGAUGCAGCAGCUCAGCAUCAAACAGGGAAAAUGUAUUUUUGGGGAUUUGGAGUUGAAAAAUCAAAUGACUUGGCAUUUGAGUGGAUAUCUAAAUCAGCCAAUCAAGAAUAUUCACACGCAGAAUAUGAUUUGGGAAAUUUAUAUUAUGAAGGAAAUGGAGUUGAACAAUCACUUACAGAUGCUUUUAAAUGGUAUGAAAAGGCAGCUAAUCAAGGUGAUGCAUAUGUACAAAAUCUUAUAGGGGCCAUGUAUCAGGAAGGUGAAGGAGUAGCUCAGUCAUACUCAAAAGCAUUUGAAUGGUAUGAGAAAGCAGCCAAUCAAGGAGAGGUCAAUGCUCAAUUUCAUUUAGCCCUACUGUACCAAGAAGAAGGAGUUCACCAGUCAUACGAGAAGUCCUAUAACUUACUGGAGAAAUUAGCUAGUUCCAAUGAUAAGGAUGCUCAAAUUGCCUUAGGUGAUAUGCUUUGUGAGGAGGAAAGUGUUAGAGAAAUGGCCAUUUCAUGGUAUGAAAAGGCAGCCAAUUUAGGGAAUGAUGAUGCUAAAAUCAAACUAGAAGAAUUGAAAAAGAAGAGAAAGAGGUUGGCUAUAAGAAAACCAAGGAGAGGCAGAAAAAGAAAAUAG